AUGACGUCAGCACGGUCUUGCAUCGGUUUGUGCAUGACCGCCGCACUGUGCGGAACUGCAUUCUUCUGCGCCGGAGAGGAGCUAAACCAGAUGCCACUCGGGCCCGGGGGGGCUACUGCCUUGCUGUCCGCAUUUGAGGGCCAGUCGGACUUUAAGAUUCGCAUUCAUGCCCCCGAAGAAGACACCGAGGAUGUCUUAGAAUCUUUGGAGCUGUGCGCAUGUAGCGAUAUCGUCCAGGCAGCAUUUGAACCUAUACACGCAAUGGUCCGUUCGGUUUUCUGCUAA